ACAGAAUCUUCAAUUUUCUCCCUCUCUCUCUGCAAUGGACGAAGAAGUGCAGAAAAUCUUCAGCAAGUUCGACAAAAACGGCGACGGAAAAAUCUCCUCCUCCGAGCUGAAGGAAAUGCUCUCAAAGCUCGGUUCCAAAACUUCCUCCGAAGAAGUGAAACGCAUGAUGGAGGAAAUCGAUCAAAACGGCGACGGUUACAUUGAUCUCAAAGAGUUUGCCGAUUUUCACUUCUCCGACGCCGGAAAAGACGACUCCGAUGAGCUUCGCGACGCUUUCGAGCUUUACGAUCUUGACAAAAACGGUGUUAUAUCUGCUAGCGAACUACAUUCUGUUAUGACGAAACUCGGUGAGAAGUGUUCGCUCAGUGAUUGCCAGAGAAUGAUAAGUAACGUUGAUGUUGAUGGCGAUGGAAACUGUAACUUCGAAGAGUUCAAGAAGAUGAUGGCUCGCUAGGUUCGGAUUUCGGUUCUUCAAACGGUUAGGGUUUAGUCAUUUCUUCUGUACAUUUUUCAUGAUAUUUUCUACGUUUUGAUUUAUUUUUUAGGAUUUUAGGUUGAAGAUGCAGUAGAAGUAGAUUAGUAUUUUCCGUUUAAACAUUGAUGAUUUGAUUUAUCCAUGAAAUGAUGGCAAAUCUGUGAUCAUAUAGUUCUGAAUUGCAGUUCAACUUUUCAAUGAUUCUGAAACAACAUCGCAUUUAUUGAAAAUUUCAAUAUCA